AUGGAAGCUAUGCUUGCAAAUCUUUGCAAGGAGUCUGAAGACAUAAAAAAAUUCAGGGAAGAAGUAAGAUCCAAUCUGCAAAAUCAAGAUGCUGCCACUCAAAAAAUUGAAGCACAAGUUGGAUACUUGUCCAAGCAAGCCCCUGGCUACAGUUCCGGUAAUUCCACCAAGAUAACUUCAAGAGAGGAAUGCAAAGCUAUUACCCUCAAAAGUGGAAGGGAAUUGACAGAGAAUUCAAGGGAGACUCACGAGGAGAAAGCAGAGGGUAGUUCAGAUGACAAGGAAGAAGCACAAACACCUGCUCCCAAUCCAUCAGAAGAAAAAGAAGUUCUAAGGCUAUAUGUCCCAAAGGCUCCUUACCCUCAGCGCCUAAUGAAGAAUGCAAAGGACAGCCAAUUCUCCAAAUUUUUGGAGAUUUUCAAGAAACUUCAGAUCAACAUUCCCUUGGUUGAAGACCCAGGAAGCUUCCAAAUUCCCUGCAUCAUAGGGAAAAUAACAGUUGAAAAAGCCUUAUGUGACUUUGGAGCUAGUAUAAAUUUGAUGUCCUUGACAAUGAUGAAAAGAAUGAAGAUUGAGGAAGCCAAACAAACAAGAAUGGCCCUCCGAUUGGCAGAUCGAUCAUUCAAAUUCUCUCAUGGAAUAGUAGAAGAUUUGUUAGUGAAAGUAGGAGACUUCAUCUUCCAUGUUGACUUUGUGGUGUUGGAUAUGGAGGAAGAAGCUAAGGCUUCAAUAAUUUUUGGGAGGCCAUUUUUAGCUACUGCUGGAGCCAUCAUUGAUGUCCAAAAGGGUGAACUUACCCUCAAGCUACAUGAUGAGAGAAUGGUGUUCAAUGUAUUCAAGGCCAUGAGCUAUCUAAUGAGAUGCAGAAGCUGGUGA